CUACUUCCCCUUCACAACAACACAUUAUUAUUAGCUGCAGAAUUAAAAGAAAACAGUCACAUCCUGAAAGUAGAAGUCUAGUGACGACCGUCACAGCGGAGCAGACGCCCUCCUAACAGCUCUCAUACAGGACUGCAGCAGGACUUUAAACAUUUGUUCAGGAUGAACAGAAAUCCACAGGAGGAAAUUGAGGAAAUCGAGGAAGAAGCAACAGCUGACUAUGUUAAUGUACCAGCAUGCACUGUGGAAAAAGUGGCAGCUCGUCCAGACCAGAGGUUUCGCUGCUUCUCUCAGUCUUUUCCACUGAUAGCAGUGUGUUGGCUGAUACUGUUAGUCAUCAUGGGCCUCCGUAUCUACUUUGCUACAUUAAGUCAUGAGAGGGAACGUGAGCUAAUGGCUGCCAAUCGCAACUUGACAAACCUCAACGACAAACUCAACGUCUUAGAAAACCAGAUCACAAACCUGACUGCAGUAAACCAGGAGCUGGAGACACGGAGGAACGACAUAAUAGGACAAAUACAAAACAUGGAGACAAACUGGAACAAACUCAACGUCAGUCGAGUUAAGUGGACUAUUGAUGUCCACUGCCACAAAGUAAAUAACGUUUCAGAGAGACAGUGUAAAGCUUGUCAGCAGGGCUGGGAACUCUUCGAGUCCAGCUGCUAUCUGAUUCAUCCUUCUCAUGGGAAAACCUGGGAAGAAGCUCGAGAAGUCUGCAGAGCACAGAGUUCAGAUUUGGUUGUUGUACAUGAUGAAGAUGAACAGAUUGUACGCAACUAUUUCAGAAGGUACAUAUACGGAUACUGGAUUGGCCUGAGAGCUGAAGGAGGGAGAUGGAAGUGGAUUGAUGGAAGUGAUCUGACUGAACGCAACUGGAUACAAGACCAACAACCACCACCUACUGACGGUCAGUGUGUAGUUUAUGUCAGGUACAAAUGGAGAUCAGAGAGCUGUGCUGAGAGAAACGGAUGGAUCUGCAAAAAGAAGGCUUUAUCUUUUUAAACACUGCAGUCAGACUUGAGAAGUUUACUGGAUGCUCUGCAUGAUAAUAUCAACUGGCUUCAUAAAUAUCAAACUGUGAAGACUUCUACUUCACAAUU